GAAGAGAUGGAGUUUGUUGAGCCCACCAAGCCUCAAGCUAAGAUGCCUCGCAUCGGAGAUCCGUCUAAAGAGAUCCAAAUUGCUAUUCUGUUGGAGCGACACAACAAAGCUCGGGAGAUCAUGAAACUAAUUGAGGAACAGCUCCUUAAGCUUGGCUGUGAGAUUCCACAGGGAGCAAUCUCAAAGUCCUCUUCUUCUAAGCAUGGUGGCUUGAGCCAUCAAGGGGGUUCACACCGUGAGUACUUCACUGAAGACUCUGAGGCCCAAGGUCUCCUAUCGCAGGAUACCUGGGCGUAUAUUCCGUUGGACAGUGCUUCUGAGGGCUCAAGGGAAAAGAAGAAGAAGAGAAGCAAGAGACCUAAGACCGAGGAGGAGAAGAACCGGCAUAUCAACAAGGUCUUCAUGCGGGAGAACAGAAUCCUUCCAUUAUUGGAUCCUAGCUCUCAGCUUUGAGGCUGGAUUGGAGUCUUGUUCUUGAUGUAUGUAUUCAGGCCAAGUUAGUAUUGCAGCUGUCAGACAGCUAAAAGGUAAGUCUUAGAAAUAGA